UCCCAGCUGGUCUUGGAAUUUUCUAGAGAAGAAAGACCAAAGCAGCCUAUUUUCCCUUGCAGGCCAUCACAUGGGAAUCAGCCACACCUCCUUAUCUCAGAGCUUCUCAAGAUAACUUGGUGAACUGUCUCCGGCUGUGAGCCUCAGUGAGUUCACUUGUAACAUAGAGGAUUGAUUUCUAAAGACUCAGGUGAGGAAGGAGCUCAGAAGAGGCAAGAAAAGGAGCCAGGCAUGGCUCUUCCUCAGGGACACUUGACUUUCAGCGAUGUGGCUAUAGAAUUCUCUUUGGUGGAGUGGAAAUGCCUGACCCCUGCGCAGAGGGCUUUAUACAGGGACGUGAUGUUGGAGAACUACAGGAACCUGGAGUCUGUGGAUAUCUCUUCCAAAUGCAUGAGGAAGAUGGUCUCAUCAACAGGACAAGGUAAUACAGAAAUGUUUCACACAAGGACAUUGGAAACACAUGAAAGUCAUCACACUGGAGAUUUUUGCUUCCAGGAAAUUGAGAAAGAUAUUCAUGACUUUGAGUUCCAGUGGCAGAAAGAUGAAAGAAAUAGCCAUGAAGCACCCAUGACACAGAUCAAGAAGUUCACUGAUAGUAAAGACCGAUAUGAUGAAAGGCAUGCUGGCAACAAGCCUAUUAAAGAUCAGCUUGGAUUGAGCUUUCAUUUGCAUCUGCCUGAACUGCACAUAUUUCAGACUGAAGGGAAAAUUGGUAAUCAAGUUCAGAAGUCAAUCAACGAUGCUUCUUUGGUUUCAACAUCCCGAAUAAAUUUUUGUAGGCCCCAAACUUAUAUUUUUAAUAACUAUGACAAUAAUUUCCUCCAUUCUUCAUUACUCACACAAAAACAGGAAGGUCACAUGACAGAUAAAUCUUUCCAAUGUAAUGAGAAUGGCAGAGGCUUUAAUUGUAGCUCACUGUUAAGGAAACAUCAGACAGUCCAUUUAGGAGAGAAACAAAAGGAAUGUGAUGUAUGUGGUAAGGUCUUUAAUCAGAAGCGAUACCUUGAACGCCAUCAUAGAUAUCACACCGGUGAGAAACCUUUCAAGUGUAAUGAGUGUGGCAAGUCCUUCAUUCAGAUGUCAUCGCUUACUUGCCAUCGUAGACUUCAUACUGGAGAGAAACCUUACAAGUGUAAUGAAUGUGGCAAGGUUUUUAAUCAACAAUCAAACCUUGCAAGUCAUCAUAGACUUCAUACUGGAGAGAAACCUUAUAAAUGUAAAGUUUGUGACAAGGCUUUUGGGUGUUCUUCACACCUGGCACAACAUACUAGAAUUCACACUGGAGAGAAACCUUACAAGUGUAAUGAGUGUGGCAAGACCUUUGGUCGAAAUUCAGCCCUUGUAAUUCAUAAGGCAAUUCAUACUGGAGAGAAAUCUUACAAGUGUAAUGAAUGUGACAAAGUUUUUAAACAACAGUCAAGCCUUGCACGUCAUCAUAGACUUCAUACUGGAGAGAAACCUUACAAGUGUAAUGAGUGUGGCAAGACCUUCAAUCAGAUGUCAUCCCUUACAUGCCAUCAUAGACUUCAUACUGGAGAGAGACCUUACAGGUGUAAUGAGUGUGGCAAGACCUUCAGUCAGACGUCAUCCCUUCUAUGCCAUCGUAGACUUCAUACUGGAGAGAAACCAUACAAAUGUAAGGUUUGUGACAAGGCUUUCAGGCGUGAUUCACACCUGGCACAACAUACUAGAAUUCACACUGGAGAGAAACCUUACAAGUGUAAUGAGUGUGGCAAAGCCUUUAGUGCACAGUCAACACUUAUUCACCAUCAAGCAAUUCAUGGUAUAUGGAAACUUUACAAAUGUAAUGAUUGUCACAAAGUCUUCAGUAACGCUACAACCAUUGCAAAUCAUUGGCGAAUCCAUAAUGAGGAGAGAUCUUACAAGUGUAAUAAAUGUGACAAAUGUUUUAGACGUCGUUCAUACCUUGCAGUUCAUUGCCGAAUUCAUACUGGAGAGAAACCUUAUAAGUGUAAUGAGUGUGGAAAGACCUUCAGUCACACAUCAUCCCUUUUAUGCCAUCGUAGACUUCAUACUGGAGAGAAACCUUACAAGUGUAAUGAGUGUGGCAAAACCUUCCAUCACAAUUCAGCUCUCGUACUUCAUAAGGCAAUUCAUACUGGAGAGAAACCUCAUAAGUGUAAUGUGUGUGGCAAGAUCAUUGGUCACACUGCAGCCCUUGUAAUUCAUAAGGCAAUUCAUACUGGGGAGGAACCUUACAAGUGUAAUGAAUGUGGCAAGGUUUUUAAACAACAGUCAAGCCUUGCACGUCAUCAUAGACUUCAUACUGGAGAGAAACCUUACAAGUGUAAUGAGUGUGGCAAAGUUUUUAAUCAACAAGCAACGCUUGCACGUCAUCAUAGACUUCAUACUGGAGAGAAACCUUACAAAUGUGAAGAAUGUGACAAGGUUUUCAGUCGCAAAUCAUAUCUUCUAACACAUAGGAGAGUUCAUACUGGAGAGAAACCUUACAAAUGUGAAAAAUGUGACAAAGUUUUCACUCGCAAGUCGCACCUUGAAACACACAAGAGAAUUCAUACUGGAGAGAAACCAUACAAAUGUAAGAUUUGUGACAAGGCUUUUGUGUGUAAUUCAUACCUGAAAAAGCAUACUAGAAUUCACACUGGGGGGAAACCUUACAAGUGUAAUUAGUGUAGCAAGACCUUUGGUCAAAAUUCAGCUCUUUCAAUUCAUAAGGCAGUUGAGACUGCAGGAAAACCUUACAAGUCUAAUGAAUGUGGCAAGGUUUUUAAUCAAAAAUCGAACCUUGCACGUCAUCAUAGACUUCAUACUU